GCCACUGCCGUGCAUGCGCGCAGCCUCCUCCUCCUCAACCACCAUCUCAGGUCGUUGAGGAACUACAUCUCCCAUACUAUUCAAGACUUGGCCUCAAUAUUCGUACAAGGAACGAUGGAGGUAGUCGGAGCCGGUCCAGUUCCAAGCUCGGGGGGCAUAUACGGCGUAGUGCUGCAUAUCGAGGCCGCUGGUGACAGGCAAGCAGAGACCUUGACAUUCCUCAAGGUCGUCACCAGAGCAGUGAUAAUCGGUCGGAAAUCUAAGCAAGCACGGCCGGAGGGCGUCCCUCACAAUGCCCUCUUCCUCUGUCCCGUAGUCAGCCGCAAGCAUGCGAAGAUCACCUUCACGGAAUAUGGCAAUGCGUACAUCAUGGACCUGCGUUCCCACCAUGGGACACAUCUCCUGCGGCCGGGCGAAACCCUCGCCAAGAUGCUCGAACCCGAAACCGCUACUGUCCUUGCCGAUGGGGACGUCAUUACCUUUGGCAAGAGCGUCGGGCGCGACAAGGACCUUGUUCUACCCGUUGUCGCGCGCGUACAGCUCCUCUUCUCACCAGGUGCAAGCAUCGCACCACCACUGCCCGAGCGCAUAACCCUCUCUCCCGACACCGCUCCCUCGGAGCAGUCGCCCGCUCCUGGGACCUCCGGGCGAUACGGAAUCUACGUAUCGUCCGAUUCCUCGGCGUCGUCUUCGGACGAAGAUUCUGACAUCGAAGAGAUCCCGCCGCCAGCGACCUUCUCGCCGCCUCUGAGAAUGAUGAAGUCAUCGCAAUCAUCGCAGGCAUCCAACCUGAGCGGCAGGCUGCAGCUUUUGAGGAACCUGCUGCCUGCUGUGCCUUCCACUUGUGUAGACGAACCCACGCCGACUGCGUUCGCGCAAUUGCUUGCUCUGCCCAUGCCCGGUGCGAUUGACCGUGACAGUUCUUCUGAGAGUUCUUCCUCCGCAGAGUCAUACGCAAAGGAAGAUGACGACCUCUAUAUGAACGAGCCUCCCUUGGAACCCGGCCAGGUUCAGUUCGACGAUUGGCAUAGCCUCUACGAGCCACCGAGUCCUAGGCAGCCUGCGAGUGACUUCGAGGUCCCGCGCGCACCGUCUGUGGAAGCGCAGCCGCCAUAUCCUGUGGGUGGAGGCCCAUCCCUUGUCGAGCCUCUUCCUAGCCAGUUCGACAUUCGGAAUGAUCGCCCGAUUACCCCUGAACUUACGGCCUCGCUUACUUCCCUCGAGGGCCGCAUACAGACUGCCCAAGAGGACAUUUCCCUGUUGCGCCACAUCCGUACGACCGACGAGGAGCGCUUCGAUGUGCACGUCCGCGAGGUCAAGGCGCGCCUCGCCGCGCUCGAUGAGGCAAUCCGUGCGCCCGCGCCGUUCACAGCCGAACGUAGCGCAGCGAUAACAGAAGUUGUGGCGCGCAUGGACACCCUGCAGGGGAAGAUGUCCGUGCUGGAGAACCGCGCCGCGGAUGUCGGGCCUCGUGAGGAUGGCCUGAAGGAGAUCAAGGCGAUGCUGGAGGAGAUCAAGACGAUUCGCGAGAACGGUGAGAAGCAGAUUGCGCUCGAGCUUGAGGCCGUCCGGGUCGCGCGCGCGCAGGCGGAGGCAGCGGCAGCAGAGGCUGUUGCGCGGCUGGCUGCGAACCCGCUAAAGCGCAAACGCUCGGAGGACGACGACCUCGGCGAGGAUGAGACGAGCGAUGCGCGCAUCGUAGCGCCGAUGCCGAAACGUAGGCGCAUGGCGCGCCGUGUGGCGACUAUGCUCGCGCGUACCGUGACUGUGGCGACGGUCGGUGCUGUCGCGACCUGGACGGCCCUUGCCUUUGCGUGAUAAUGGUGUCAGUUUCCAAUUCGUUCGAUUUUGUGCAUGGACAUCGGAGAUAGUGUACGAUGGAGAAGGUCUUCGAUUAUGUAUCAUUCAAGACAGAUUCGUUUUGGUGUAUGUGUAUGUGUAGAUUUGUUCGUCAUGUGGCAGUAGUUUCUGUUUCUUCGCAUUGUACAGUAUAUGUACAUGCGAUUCGUUGCUCAGAUCAUAGCCUCAGCUGUCCUAGGCUCGAGUCCGCACCUGGAACUGAACCCCUCAGCGGCUGAGCUGCUUACCUGCUACAUGAACAGCUCACAGUACAGUACGUAAAAUUAUGAGUCCCCGCGAGGGCAG